AAAUGCGCUCUUCCAUCUUCCCAGCUCAUGUUUCCUCCUCUCGUUAAAGAGUGCCAUAUGGUCACACAGCAGGCAGCCUCAGUGAGGCAAGAACGCCUUGAGAGAAAAUCCUGAAUCAUAACUGACUUGUGUUUGAAAUGAGCAAGUCAUAUCAGGGAAAAGCUGUCCAAAACACACACUGCUUCUGUAGCUAGUGAAGUGAUACACAGCAUCCAUGCAGUUUUUCCCUUUUGAGUAGGUUUAUGCAUUUUUCUUUUCCUUUGAGGAUUGCAAGGCAGACACAUGACACCAGACUCCGGGAAGGUGAGAGAAGCCAGCAGCAGCAGCACAGAAGAUCACUGUGAAGAGGAUGAGAGAAGCAGACGAGCUCACUUGGAUGGUCCCCUGCAAGGAAAUAGAAGCUGUCCAAGGUGAUAAUGCGGGAUCACACGUCCGGCGCUAACGUGGAGGAGCUGCUGAGGCGGUCUCAGAUGGAGUUACAGUGGAUGCAGAGACAGUUGGCCAUGAUCGCUGCCAGAAACCUGCACCAUCACCACCUGCACACCAAGGGCAAGACAAGAUAUGAAGUUUCAUCCCAGCAAGCUACAGGACACUCGGCCUACAAUGUGAACCGUUUUCGAUUGCUGGAGGAGAGAAACCGAGCUCUGAAGCUUGAGGUUGCCACGCUUCGCCAGGAGAAACAGCAGUAUAGGAAACUGAGAGCAAAGCUCCAUGCUGCCUUGCAGGAGAAAAACCGUCUGAACCUUGAGCUGAUCAGCAACCACCUGAAGACGUCCAAGUAUGACCAGGUGCGAUCAGACUAUGACCAGCUGAGACAGACCUUUGCUGUAGUGAGCCAGGAGAGAGACGUGGCCCAGCAGCAGAGGAGCCAACUCCAAGGCAAAGUGGAGAACCUGGAACAGGUUCUAAAGCAUAUGCACGAGGCUGUAGAGCUGAAGCGGCAGCUGCAGAUAGAGCAUGAGAAAGCCUUGGUGGCCCUUCACACCAAGCAGAAGGAGAUCAAUCAACUGCAAAAGGUCAAGGUUCGUGACCUGGAGCAGAAAUGCAGGUCACAGAGUGAACACUUCCACCAGCUGUCCAACGAGCUGCUGAAUUUCCGUUUGCAAUCGGAUACUGCGGACGUCCUUAAAAUUAAUCCCGCUUGCACAUCCCGGAUCCCUCUCUCAUCCGAGAAGAAACUCUCACAAGUCAUCGUUGGAUUUGAAGCCCGGACGGAGACAGGCGAUGAGAGCGCGGCCAACACGCCGCUACUGAUCUCCCAGUUCUUGCCCUGCACACCACAGACUGGAGACAGAGAGAGACCAGAACUGCUGUCUGUCAAAUCCAGCACCGUGACAACGGACCGCCCCAGCAGCCCUCGACAGCGGACCCCCUCAGAGAUGGAGGAUGAGGCCAGCCCAUCACCCAGGUCCAAGCCUCGCUACACAGGCCAGGUCCGCCUUUGCACUGCCCGAUACAGUUAUAACCCUUACGAUGGACCAAACGAGCAUCCUGAAGCAGAACUCCCCCUCGUGGCUGGAAAGUAUCUGUACGUCUAUGGAAACAUGGACGACGACGGCUUCUAUCAAGGGGAGCUGCUUGAUGGCCAGCGAGGACUUGUUCCCUCCAACUUCGUAGAAUUUGUCCAGGACAAGGAAAAACUAGCAAUUCAGUCUGGGGACGGAGGGGACGACCUGGGCCCAUAUUCCAAUAUGCAGCUGGCCUUGAUUCCAGUGGAUGGAGGUUCCUCCCAAGACGGCCUACUGGGCUCAUGUAACGCCUUGGUUCCUUGUAGCAACGGGACAGGGGGGCCCAUGGACCCCGAGGACCUGGCUGAAGACGUCGUGCCUUAUCCCCGAAAGAUCAACCUGAUCAAGCAGCUGGCACGGAGCGUCAUCGUGGCCUGGGAGUCUCCACUAGUGCCUUUGGGCUGGGGGAACAUCUCUGGCUACAACGUGUUAAUAGACGGGGAGCUCCGCGCCAGCAUAGCGUACGGCGGCCGGACCAAGUGCUUGCUGGAGAAGCUGGACCUGGACGGCUGCGUCCACCGCGUGUCGGUGCAGAGCCUCACGGACCGCGGCCUGUCGGAUGAGCUGCGCUGCACCUUGCUGGUGGGGGCCAACGUGGUGGUGGCGCCGUGCGGCCUCCGGGUGGACGACAUCCAGCGCGACACUGCCGAGGUCUCCUGGCUGCCCAGCAACAGCAACUACGGCCACACCGUGUUCUUGGACGGGGCGGAGCACGCGGUGGUAAAGCCAGGAAGGUAUAGACUACGCUUCAUCAACUUGAAGCCCCUGACGGUUUACAAAGUGACGGUGGUGGCGCUGCCGCACCAGGUGCCAUGGCAACUGCCGCUGGAGCAGAGAGAGAGGAAAGAAGCUGGCGUGGAGUUCUGCACUCAGGCUGCAGGUCCAACACCAUAUUGCAGAUCAGGCCCUCCCCAGCCCCCCCUUGAUGUACAGGUGCUGUGCGGGCAGGCUCCAGGGGUCCUCCAGGUCCGCUGGAAGCCCCCCGUCCUCUCUCCCACGGGCACAUCUAACGGGGCAAAUGUGGUUGGCUACGCGGUCUGCACUAAAGGACAGAGGAUAGCUGAGGUGUUGUUCCCAAUGGCAGACUAUGUGACUGUCGAGCUGACAAGGAUUCAGUGCCUGGAGGCCAGGGAAGUCAUCGUCAGGACGCUGUCAGUACAGGGAGAAUCCCAGGACUCCCAAGUCGCCGUCAUUCCAAACAACCUCCUCGUGCCUCUACCUGCAAUCCCCCUGCCGCCGCCGCCAAUGCACCCCCACGCAGGCCCCCCUCCGCACCCCCACGCUCAACCCCACCUCCAAUCCCCUCACCUUCCUCACGCCCCGCCCCAGCUCCAGCUCCCCGCUCCGCCCCAGGCGCACGGACAACCGCUCCCGCUCCUGCCCCACCCUCCUCACCCUCAACCCCACCCUCUUCACCCUCAACCCCACCCCAGACUCCCCCACCCGGGCGGACCCCCGCAACAACCCCAGCUCCGACCCCCACAUCCUCACCCCCAGCCCUUACACCUUCAGCCUCGACCUCCCCACCAAGGCCCCAGGCCCCAGCACCAACUGCCUCUGCUCCCCCACCCCCAUCACCACCCUAUACCUCAGAGACCAGAUUGUGCCAGAGACCUGGAUGCCAAAGAGCACGCGGCCCACCACGGGGGAGCUUUUCCGCCCGGCCAGCCCGGCUGGGACCCCACGCGCUCUCCCUCCGCCCAGCCUCCCGUGUCCAUGCAAGGCCACAUGCUGGAGGCCCCGCCCCCUCCCAAUCCACGCUCCCCUUCCCCACAGAGGAUCCUUCCUCAGCCUCGAGGCACGCUCAUCCCGGACACCGUGGCCAAAGCCAUCGCCCGAGAAGCAGCGCAGAGGGUGGCGGCAGAAAGUGGCAAGGGGGACAGGAGGCCGGUCAGAUACGAAGAGCAGGGUCGUUCAUUUCACCAGCAUCACUCCGAUGAGGAAGAGGAAGAUGAGGAAGGCUUUGCGCGCGGCCGUCGGAGAGGACCCUCAGUUGACGAGUUCCUCAGAGGCUCUGAGCUCGGGAGGCCGCCUCACUAUAGUCACAAUGAAGAGUAUCACAGCGAAAGCAGCCGGGGCUCUGACCUGUCUGACAUCAUGGAAGAGGAUGAGGAGGAGCUGUACUCUGAGAUGCAGCUGGAAGAGGGACGUCGACGCAACUCGCACAACACACCCAAGACCAAUACUCCCGCUGGAGGCCGUCACGACCGAGAGACCGGGAGAAGAAUUCAUCACGGUGGCCCCCAGCCUCAGAGACGACCUCUAAUGGUCCCUUCCAUUGAGGUAACCUCUGAGAAUAACAGUGAGGGAAACCCCGUCAACGAGGAUGUUUACUAUGGCAGAGUAGCUCGGAACAGGACGAUGUCUUCCCGCAGGCACAUGGGCGGCACCAGGUCUCCCCAUGAUGGCUACAGGGAUCGGGAUCGGGAUCGCCGCUCUCCAACGUACUACGACGAGUCGGAGCCUGAGGAAUCCUUCCGGAUCUUUGUGGCCCUCUUCGACUACGAUCCUCUGUCCAUGUCCCCCAACCCGGAUGCAGCUGACGAGGAGCUGCCCUUCAAAGAGGGGCAGAUCAUUAGGGUGUACGGUGAUAAAGACACAGAUGGGUUUUACAGAGGAGAAGUGAGAGGCAGGAUGGGGCUGAUCCCCUGCAACAUGGUGUCAGAGAUCAGAGCGGAGGACGAGGAGACCAUGGACCAGCUCAUCAAACAGGGCUUCCUGCCACUCAGCACCCCUGUGGACAGAAUAGAGCAGAACAGAAGAGGCCAGCGUCGAGAUCAGGCCUCGAGGAGGAUGGUGGCUCUGUACGACUACGACCCCCGAGAGAGCUCCCCUAAUGUUGAUGUCGAGGCUGAGCUGACCUUCUGUGCUGGUGACAUCAUGGCAGUGUUUGGAGAUAUUGAUGAAGACGGAUUCUAUUAUGGUGAGAUCAACGGCCACCGCGGUCUGGUUCCCUCUAACUUCCUGGAAGAAGUGCCUGAUGACGUGGAGGUGUAUCUGACCGAUACCCCGUCCCACUACCCCCAGGAAGAGCCUGCCAGCCGGCCCCCCGCCAACUCCGCCGCCGUCUCGGAGGGCAAACGGGUGACCACAGAAACCACCGACGCGGUCGACAACGACGCCACGCCCGUCGUCCGAGCGCCGUCCCCGAUUGUCCGGCCCCUCCUCCCAGGCACCAUGAGGCCCCUCAGCCCUACGAGGGGCCCCCACCUCCCGCUGGAGCCCCGGGACCCUCGGGACCAAGAUCUGGCGAACAAGAAGAAGAAAGGACUACUUUCCAAGGGGAAGAAGCUCCUGAAGAGACUCUCCCCCGUGAAAUAAAAGAAGAAAAAAAAAAGGCAUACAUGUACAAUACGUGCACAUGCUUGGGCUCUGUAUAUUGCAUCCAUACAAUCAACUCUGAUCCAACAACACAAUGACAGAGAGGAUGUGAGCUUUGACUCCUGGAACUGCGUGAGCCUAUUUUAAUAUAAUACAAUUAUUCAUGUGCGGUGAUGGAUACAAAUCAAGUAAAUUAUGUACAGUGCAGUGCCAAAAUCAAGAGAGAGAGGCCACCUGCAGACACAAAAACAUAUUACUGUGAUGUAUUUUAAAUCAACGGAUGACUUAAAAAGAAAAAAAAACAAACUAGGAUUUUCAUGACAUGUAUAUUUUCUCUUUUUCUUUAUCAUUAGUCAAAGAAAAUCAUUUGUUCCAAGCAGGGUAGCUGUGAAAACAAAGCAUCUGGUUACAUCUAAGUUUCUUUUUUUCCUCAGCAAAAAAGAAAAAAAACAUUUUUUUUUGUGGAGUAUUGAUGUCACUACAAGGAAACAGAGACCAUACUCCUCUAAGAAAAAUCUCAAACAGACUACACUGUUAUCAAGGCAUUCUGUGAAGUAAUGCUGGCUGCUAACACAAAGGCUUUAUUCAGUGCAAUAUCAUAGAGGGGCGGUAGCAUACGUGGGAAGAAAAGAAACAUUUCCACUUGUACCUGUGAUUUCAUCAGAGUGGAGUUUUUCUGUGAUGAAAGAAAAGAAUAGCAGAUUGGCAACAGGGCAUUAACGUCAGAGACGCUCGGCUGUCUCAGUGGCCUUUAUGAAAACAAUAUGAGCGGUUGAUUUCACACCAGGUUGUUGUUUUUUUUUGUUUCAUGACGGGUCGCUUGUGCUUUGUCAAUUUUUGAAAAUUAAAAUAAGAGAUGUUUGUCGUCCUCGCUGUCAAACUGUCAUGAAACGCCUAGUUCAAGACAAAAUUUUGUGUCUGUCUUCCUAUUGCACAAAGGUGGGUGUUUUUGAUUGGUAAAAAGACAUGUUUUGUGUGCCUGUGUGUGUGUGUGAGGCAGUGUGUGAUGCAUUCAUGUUUUUGCACCUUUCAUGUUUUUGUUUUUUUUUCUUUCUGAAGGAGAGGCCAUGUAGUUACUGGUCCUGUGAUUUAGUGAUGUGCUGCUACCUCCAU